GGAAUCAAAAAUUGCCGCUCAUGCCAAAAUGUGGGCAAGAAUGAAAGAAACAAAAAAAGUUUUUGUUCGUAAUAACCGGGAAGGUGUAGAAAAAGUUUUGAGAGAACGUUAUGCAUUUUUAAUGGAAUCAAGUUCAUUAGAAUAUGAAGUACAACAAAAUUGUAAUUUAACACAAAUUGGGGGUGUUUUAGGUUCUAAAGGGUAUGGAAUUGCUUUACAAAAAGAUUCAGAAUGGACUGAUAGAAUUAGUAGACAAAUACUUUUAUAUCAAAAACGUGGUGUUAUUGAAAUGAAAAAGACAAAAUGGUGGCGAUCAAAGUAA